GGCGGAGCCCGCCCCAGCCCAAGCAAUAAAGAGGGGCUGGGCGGCCCUCGCAGGCUUCGCGGUGCUGAAGCGGACGGCGGGCCCCGUUAGAACCUGCAGCUGGUCACGAUGGGAAGCAGAGGAGGGCUUGUCCUGCUUGGGCUCCUGUUCAUCCUGGCUGUCCUCUGCCAUGUGGGUUACAGCCUGGAGUGCUACAGCUGUAUCAACCCAAUUGGUGAAUGCAAGACAGCCAUCAAUUGUACACAUAAUGAAAAUGCUUGUCUCUUCGUUAAAGCUGUGCCAACAAAAACUUACUACCAGUGUUGGAUGUACGACCAAUGCACUUUCGAAACCAUUGCGAAACACCUAGGGGAGAAGAAGCUAGAAUACAAGUGCUGCCAGAAGAACCUGUGUAACAAAAGCGGUGGGACGAGUGUAUCAGGGAAAACAGCUCCGCUGGUCCUCCUGCUGCUGGUGGCGAUCUGGCACAUUUGUCUCUAAAUCUACACCAGGAGGGCUUCUCCUAAAUUUCCUGUUUCUGUGUAUUACUUAUUUCCCGUGCUGCUAUGUUCCAAAGGCUUUAUAUUUUCCAGCUGGAUCCUGUUGGGAAAAAUUAGAACUAGCAUAAGCAACUUGGAUGAGAGGAACCCGGAGAGACUCUGAAAGCCAGUCCCGUUGGCAGAGGAGACCUGUUGGAGAGAAAAAGUUUAAGAGUGAAGCGCAUGCGAUUGGAGUAAGGUUACAUGCUUCUUACUCUGCUCUUUGCAGGACCAGCUUUGCAGCUUGAGUAGAUUCCCUGCAACCCUCAGCUAUUUCCCUCCGGUUCCUUGAAUGUAGUUAGUAUGCUCGGUACUUUUUUGGAUGAGUGGGGCAGGGGGCUCCUUUUCAGUAGUCUCUCUCACAAGGCAUGCUUUAUUCUCACUUUUCAUGGCCCCUCUAUUGCCAGGUAGGCGCAAUACAUGUUCCAGAUGUGGGCUGUCAGUUGGGGUAAUGAGAUUCUUAAUGCACAGUGGUGGCAAUGACUGUUGUAUUCUCAGCUAGAAGGUGUCUGGCUGGGAAGGGCAUGGAAGCACAAGGUCUGUCUUUAGAGAGAAACCAGUGGCUGAAAUCUGUUUUCCCCUGUCCCUAAAUUUUGUAUUGGCUUUGCUGUCUUUCACUAGAAAAACCAGUAGCAUAAAUUAAUGGUGUGUUAAAAGUAUCCCACCGUUUUUAUUGGAAUGGUAGGCUGCCUUAGCUUUGUCACACACAGUUUGAAACUAAACGUUUGAGUAUUCUGUUACAUGUGACUUGGAGUUAUUAAGCGUGCUUAUUUUAAGUGUUACUGGUAGAAAAACUCUUCAUGUGUGUGUGUAUAAUGCGUGAAUGGAACAGGAGAAGCCUUUGGGGUUGCGAUUUGUGAUCUCUAAAUGUCAUCAUGAACAGUAACAGGUCUGCAGAGCUGCGUUUUACCUGCCGACAUCCAGCCUGCUGGCUCCUAGCUGAGUCAGCACAGAUAAUGUAAAAUACAUUUGUAAGGGCUAUUAGCAUCAUCACAAAUACUGAGGCUUCCAGAAGCGCUGUCAGUUUCCUAAAAAGCGGUAUACCUUUUCAGCAGGGUAAAAUUUUGCCUUCUUAUUGUGGGUACUGGUGAACAAUUUAAGAUUCAGUAGGUUUAAUGACAUUUGUAUGGUUACAAUCUUGGCUGUAUUUAACAGCAUUUCCUGACUUUUGCUGAUGAAGGUGGAAUUUCUUAACAUCUUUAGAAAAACUCCUUGAUUAUGUGAUCUGUUGGACAAACGGAAGUGAAUCCUGCGUUUCUGAAAAUAAAAUCUCAUCAAAUGCA